AUGACCUCCAAAACAAAUGACACAAUUUCGGCACUCCAAAAUGCAAUAGAAAUAUCUGAAGAAAUCCAGACAAUUUUCGAUCAAACAAAUUGUAACAAAGAGGUGAUCAAGCCACUUGCGGAGUGUGUCAAGGAAUCUAGUCUAUGGUUGGUGGAUCUGAACCCAUCGGAGGAAAAAUGCAAAUUGGCAUUUGAAAAAUACAUCAAUGUUCUUCUUAAGAUCAAAAGCUACGUAAAUGAAUUAAGCAGGCACGGAAACUUCAGCGAACGAUUCCUCAAAGAGACAGAAGAAGACAUUAAAACAUUGCACGAAACUUGUAUGAUUAAACAUCACGAAGCCAUUCAAGAGUUUAGACUCUCGCUUAAUCUCGAUUACGAUGCCCCUAUCCGCAAAAAUAUCGAACGUGCAUUCACAGACAUAGUCCUGAUGAAUAAAGGCAUAGAAGUACCUAAUAGCGAAUUGGAAAGAAUUCGAUUGGAUCCUGAGUUAAUCUGUGAUGAAGAUGAUGAAGAACCGGAGACGAGAGGAAACAAGGAGCAGAUCAAACGUCAGUUGUAUGGUAGUCAAGAAGUUGCUGUCAAGAAGAUCGAGGGUGAAAGUAGAAAUUCUAUUGAUAAAUACGCACUUUUUAUGUCAAAGUUAUCACAUUGUAAUCACAUUGAAAAGUUCUAUGGGACUCUUCUCAUUGAGCAUGAUCUUUAUGUCGUUACAGAAUGGGCCAGAAUCGGUAAUCUUGAAGACUUUCUCCGAAGUAGUCAUGAAUUCUCAUGGCCACGUAGGCUUAAGAUUGCCGAACAAAUUGCCAACGCAUUAGAAUUCCUCCAUCGUGCAGAAAUCUAUCACCAUAAUGUGAAGAGCCGAAAUGUACUUUUGGACGAGCAUUUGGAUGCAAAACUAACAGGGUUUGACUCCAGUCGAUUUAAACUGCAAUCGACUACAAGUCAUUACGAAAGCAUUUCAAGAUUGCGAUGGACAGCCCCAGAAAAAUCGAAACAAAAUUUUGUUCCCUAUAGCAAAAAGUGCGAUGUGUACAGCUUCUCCAUUGUCUUGUGGGAAAUUGGAACGCGUGAAAAACCUUUCAAAGAAAUUGCCGAUUUCGAAGUGAAGAAACAUGUAAUUGAGGGAGGUCGCCCAACACCGAUUCCCACAGACGCGCCUCCAGAUUACAUCAAAUUAAUGAAGGAAGGUUGGUCAGGUGAAUCAAAACGUCGUCCACACGUCCAAGACAUGAGGGAAAGACUUCACAAAUUGGUAAGACAAAAUCGCGGUGGCUCUUCGUCUCCAUUACCACCCUCUUUGUUGGACAACGAGUCGGUGGAUCUUAAAAAUCAAAGUCAAUCUUUAUUUCUACCAUCAGACUGCAAUGAAGCUGUAGAUUCUGAGAAGCGAGUUCAAUAUCCACUUCCUUCGAUUCCUGAUGUAAUUAAAUUGCAUUCGCAAAAGAAAUAUGCUGAAGCCUUUCAGUUUUUUCAACAAUAUGCUGAAAAAGAGAAAAGCGCAACAGCAAAAUUUUACUGCGGCUGUUAUUUGUAUUACGAGAAAUACGGUAUUGCAAAAGAUGAGGAUAAAGCAAUUGUUUAUCUUCGUCAAGCAGCUGAUGCAGGAAUAGUAGAUGCUCAAUUUCACUAUGCCAAAGUGUGUCUUCAUGGAAUUACCUAUGAUAGUGAGAACGGCUUUCGAUAUUUAAAAAAGGCUAUCGAAAAGAAUUACAUACCAGCAUUAGAAAUGUGGGCACAAAUAUUGUAUGAUGGUAGUUUCGGACAACAAAUAAAUUUGAGUGAAGCAUAUAAGAUUUGGGAACAAGCAGAAAGAAAGGGAAGCAAAAACGCGAAAGAAAAGUUAAAAUUGUUUGACAAACAAGAAUAA